AUGUUGGGACAUCAGUUGAUUUCCGUCACAGUGUCAGCUGAGGUGAAGGGAGACAACCAGGAGACCACCAAAGUCAUGACUGCAGAGAUGGUGAUGAUGAGGGAGACUGUCUAUGAUCUUAUCAAAGAUAUAAGGGAUCCAGAAAAACCCCAGACACUGGAAGAAUUAAAUGUUGUUUCUGAAGACAAUAUAUCUGUGGAGGAAUUUUCUGAUGAUAAAUUAUAUGUGAAAAUAGUAUUUGUUCCUACAGUGCCACAUUGCUCAUUAGCUUCUUUAAUAGGGUUAUGCUUAAGAAGGAAGUUGGUAACUUGUUUUCCAGAAAAACACAAGCUUGAUAUUUUGGUGAAGGAAGGAAGUCAUGACACUGCUGAUGAAAUUAAUAAACAAAUCAAUGACAAGGAGAGAAUAGCAGCAGCAAUGGAGAACCCAAAUCUACGAGAUCUUGUGGAAAAAUGUAUAAAUGACGAGGGAGGUUAUGGAUAAACUAUUAAAUUAAACAAUGUAAAAACAAUAUUCUAACAACUACAAAUGGAUCCUGCUUCCUGUGCCAAAUUAUCUCAAACUUCCAAACCUAAUUAUAUUAUAAAACAUCAACAAUAACAACAAUCAGAGUAUCAGUAAUUGUCUAAUAAUGGUGGAGGCAAUCUACUUAGGCCAAGGAGCAUUUGUGUGUAAUAAUAAUACGUAUUAAAAUGUGCAAUUAGUGACAUGGUUAAGUGCUAAUGGAGAAUGAUAUCCAUAUACAAUGAAUAUAGUGAAGUUUAGGCUCUUAUCAAUUUGUUUCAAUUCUAUUAAGCUUCACAGACUUAGUUUACAUUGUACAACAACUUUGUUCAUCCAAAAAGAUUGCUUGAUUUUUGCUAUCAUUGGCUAUAACUUUGUUAAUUAUGAAUGGGUGUCUUCAUACUUGAACACAACAAUCGUUUGGACAAGACCUUCAACUAGACCAAAUUGAUAAUGACCUUCACUCAUCGGUGACCUUGACCUUGAAGGUCAAAUAAAUGAAUAUUGCCUGAUUUUUGCUACAAUUGGCUAUAAUUUAGUUAUUUUUGAAUAGAUUGUCGUCAUACUUAAACACAACUACCUCAAGGACAAUGUCUUAAGUUUGACCUUGAUCUUUAAAUAACCUUGACCUUGAACAUCAAGUUAUUGUUAUUUCUCAGUUUUUGUUAUAAUUGGCUAUAACUUGAUGAUUAAUGAAAGUAUUGUCUUCGUGAUUGUGCAAGAUGUUAAAGAAAAUUUAAUUGAACUUGACUUUCAUUUGACCUCGACACUUGAAGUCUAAUUUGUGAAUUUUGAUGCAAUAACACCAUUGAUUUGUUAUUUAUUUAUGGAUUUGAUUUAUACUUGGACAAAAGAACCCAUAUGACAAAACCCGUAUGAUGAAUAAUUCUUUUUGACCUUGACCAUCAAGGUCAAAUUAUUGAAAUUUGCAUAAAUUGUCAAAACUUUGUUAUUUAUUUAUAGAUUUGAUUCAUUUUUUGACAGAAGAAUUGAUAUGACAAAACUGACAUGUUAAAUUAUCUGAUAUGACCCAGAUAUAGACAAAUAAAAUUUUUAAAGAAUGCUCAAUAAGACAAAAUUGAAAAUGUGGCAGGCUCGCUUUGAUUGAGCUUGUUCAUUGACUACAGACAUAGUGGUAAUUGCAAGCUACUGCCCAUGCCCCCUGGCACCCACUUAAGUAGAAUUCAACAUUUAAAUAUGAUAAUUGUGAAAAGUUGAAUUUGAAAACAUCCACAGAUGUGUUUAUAUGGCAGUAUUCAUGGAACCUGACAAAACUGACAUAAGAGUAAUUCAAAUUUGACAUUGAUUUUUAAAUGACCUUGACUGUCAAUGUCAGAUAUGAAAUUUGAAUUCUAUUUGUUGCAUAAGAAAUUGUUUGUAGGAAAUCUAUAAUAUUCUACCUCUGAUGUGUUUGACUUUAGAAAUAAGAAAAAGUUGGGACCGGCACCCGCUGGGUCGUGGCUCUUGUUAUAUUGAUAAUAGUUUCAAUAUAGAAUGGUAUAAAUGAUGUACAAACAUGUCUUGAUUCUUAACUUGAACAGCACCUUUCAAACUACAUGUUAAAAAGUUUUGACAUUUUCUCUGUAAAUCAUAAUAAUUAUUUACUAUUUAAAGAUUGAUUUAGCUCUAAUUAUGCUCAAUUCAAGACAAUUGCUUUUGUAUUUUUCAAGGGUAAUAGGGUUCUUUAGCUCACUUCAAAAUUAAUAAUUUUGUCUUUUAAGGUAUGUCAUUCUAUCUGUGAUAUGAAAAUUUAUAAUAUAAUGUAGGAUAUAAUAAACUUUAAUUAUUGUA